AUGGCAGCUCUGUCUGUGAGCAUUGCAACAUUCAACAUGUUGCUCCAUAUCCUCUUUCUUUCAGGUGCUUUGGCUGCUUGUCCUGAAGGGACAUACCCCUUCAUUACUGUACCACAGAAGAUGGAGGCACUGAGUGGAUCUUGUCUGCAAAUCCCAUGUUACAUCACAAAUGAUGACAUGCAUAGGGAUGGCACAGGAAAUGUUGGAAAGUGGAUUAAAAGCGUCGCUGAAUUCAAAAUUAAAAAAAAUUUGAUUUUCGACAGUAAUAAGACAGUUAACAUCUAUCCAAUGAAUAUCACUGGAAACCUGAGUGAGAGAAACUGCGCCACUUUAUUUUCUAAUCUGAUCAUAAAUUACACAGACACAUACUACUUCAGAUUUGAGAACAGUGAAUACAAGGCAACAGCUGCUUGUGACCCUCUUCAAAUAACAGUUCAAGAUUCUCCUCCAAGCCCCAGAAUUGAGAUCUCAGGCAAUCUGAGGGAGAAGGAGUCUGUCACUAUAACCUGCUCAGCUUCCACUCCCUGUCCACACUCCCCUCCUGAACUCACCUGGAAUCUCCAACAAGACCCUCACAACACAAUAGAGGAGAAUACAGAUCGAACCUUCACAACUAAAAUCCAGGAGACCAUCACUCUGUCAGACAAACAUGAUGGAGUCACCAUCACCUGUUCUGCCACAUAUCCUGUGGGUGGAGGAAACUAUAAGACAGCAGAGGAGAGAAAGACUCUCAAUGUUUCAUAUGCUCCCAAGAACACCUCAGUGUCCAUCAGUCCAUCAGGUUUGGUGUCAGCAGGUAGCUGGGUGAACCUGACCUGCUCCAGCAGAGCCAGUCCUCCCGUCAGCAGCUUCACCUGGUUCAAGACCAGCAAUACUGGACCCAUCAAAGUGUCUGAAGGAGACUUUUACAGCUUUAAUGUGACAGAUGGUGGAGUUUAUUAUUGUGUGGCCACAAAUGAUCUUGGUAAUGAAACAUCGCCAGAGAUCCAUCUGACUGUUAAAGGUAAAUACUGCGUGAAUUACUCUGUAAAUUCUGUGUUGAAGAUCCUGGGAAUCAUAAUGCUCAUCAGUACACUGGUCAUCUUUGAGUGUGUGGUUCUUGUGAGGCCCUGGGAUGCUAACACAAUCGCAACACAACUGGUGAAACUGGAGGCAGUAGACGCGGUGUAUGUCAACAGUGCUGUGGAGUUACAACCAUCAUGA